AUGAGGCUGAGCGGUGUGUUAGUGUGUGUGUUCCUGCUUUGGGUUGAAGGGUCCCGGGGUGAUACACCGGCCAACUGCACCUAUGAGGAGCUGCUGGGGACAUGGGUGUUCCAGGUGUCCAAAGGAGGGCACGACAAGACCAUCAACUGCUCCGCUGAAGCUACAGGGGAAAGCUCCGUAACUGUUACCCUGGAGAAACUGUCUGUGGCCACAGAUGAGCUUGGGAACACCGGCUUCUUCACCAUCAUCUACAACCAGGGCUUUGAAGUGAUCAUCAAUGGUUACAAAUGGUUCGCCUUCUUCAAGUACUCUGAGGAGGGCCCUAAGGUGACCAGCUACUGUGAUCAGACCCUGCCAGGGUGGGUCCAUGAUGUCCUGGGAAACAACUGGGCCUGUUUUGUAGGGAAGAGAGUGAAUCCAGUACCACCCCGUACAAAUUACAAACCAGUCUUCAGCAGCGGGCUGCUCCAGAAGCCGUAUGAGCACAACAUGGACUUCAUUGAUUCCAUCAACUCCGUUCAGAGUUCCUGGAAGGCUGUGCCCUACCCAGAUCAUGAGAUGUACACUCUACAGGAGCUGCACUACAGAGCUGGGGGCCCCGCGUCCCAUAUCCCCAUGCGUGUUCGCCCUAUGCCUGUGACAGCUGAUGUAGCCAAGAUGGCGGCAGCUCUACCCGAGCACUGGGAUUGGAGAAACAUUGAUGGCGUUAACUUUGUCAGCCCCGUGCGAAACCAAGCUUCAUGUGGUAGCUGCUACUCCUUUGCCUCCAUGGGAAUGCUGGAAGCCCGCAUUCGAAUCCUCACCAACAACAGUGAAACUCCCAUGCUCAGUCCGCAACAAGUGGUCUCCUGCUCUGAAUAUUCUCAAGGUUGUGAUGGUGGGUUCCCAUACCUGAUUGGGAAGUAUGUGCAGGAUUUCGGCAUUGUGGACGAGUCAUGCUUUCCGUAUGUUGCAAAGAACACUCCAUGUGGCGUUCCUCAAAACUGCGGCCGCAUUUAUGCAGCAGAAUACAACUACGUCGGUGGGUUUUAUGGCGGCUGUAGCGAGACGGCCAUGAUGUUGGAACUGGUCAAGAAUGGACCGAUGGCAGUGGCCUUUGAGGUCUACCCUGACUUCAUCCACUAUAAGGAGGGCAUCUAUCACCACACAGGUCUCGCAGUCCCCUUCAAUCCCUUUGAGCUGACCAACCAUGCUGUGCUCCUGGUGGGGUAUGGUCGCUGCCACAUGACCGGACAGAAGUACUGGAUUGUCAAGAACAGCUGGGGCACCAGCUGGGGCGAGGACGGCUACUUCCGAAUCCGCCGUGGAAGUGAUGAGUGUGCUAUUGAGAGCAUCGCAGUCGCAGCCAACCCUAUCCCCAAACUGUAGAAGCUGUAAGCUCAGAAUGGGAGGAAUGUGUUUAUCUGAUGACGAGUCUCAAUAAUGCAAAUUAGAUUUAUUCCCCAUGUAUCUUAGCUGUUUCCAAUGUGUGCUUGGGAAGUUGGAAAUCCGAAGCCGAAAACUGUAACUUUUCACAGCAGCCGACAUCAUACAGCACUGUCUUCUUCCUCACUAAUCCAACAAGCAGAUGUCAAGUACUGCAGUGCAUAAAAACUACACAACAUUAAGUAGAAAUGUUAUGGAUUUCAGCUUUAAGGCCGAUAUUCCAAAUGACUAUGAUAUAUAUUAAAAGUGGAAUCCUCCUAAAUCCAAAAGUAGCGAGUUUCGCUAGUCAAAAUGUUUGAAUGUGAAAAUGUUCUAAGCCUGAAACCGUAUGUUUUAACUCUUAUCAAUUCUC